GGAUCAUUUGCUGAUACUGGAGUAUAUUUUCUAAUCAUUUUAGUUUUUAAAACAUCACAUUUAUUUGCAUCGACAAAUGUAUUAUUAACAUUAGCAUUGGCACUAGCUAUGACUAAAUCUUCUUCUGAAUUUGAUUCAUUAUCUAUAUUUCAUGUCUUAGCAAUACGUAAAGUUUCUCGGGUGUUGAUAAGUUCUAAUUUAUCUCGAUAA